CUGACAAGCUGGUAGGUUAACAGAGAGAGAGAGAGAGAGAGAGUCCUCCUGCAACCGUGCGUGUGACAGAUCAGCGCCUCUCAAGCAGCCCUUUGGGUUAAGGGUUCGUUUGCCCCUCCUGAUCAGCGCCAAUCAGAGAGAGAGAGAGAGAGAGAGGGAGGGUGUGAGAGGGUGAGGGAGAGAGAGAGAGAUUCAAACCCAGUGGACAAUAAGAGCUGAGGGAAAAAUCAGUCGGACCAAUCGUCAGAACUCAAAAGAAACCCAGUCGGAGAGAAAGAGAAGGAGCGAGAACACACACACUCACGCGCACGUACACGCACAGUCCACUGCUGCUGCUGUCACUGCUGCUGCUGCUGCUGCUGCCACUGGUGGUACAAAGCAGUUGGAGCAGGCUACAUUUUGAAUUCAAACAUCCAAGCCCCUUUCUUCAGACUUCCCUCUGCUACACCGUCAGAGCUCAGGAACGAACACGGAUUCACGCGCACUGUGCAGCAUCUGAGUCUCCUAUUUAUACUGAUAUGGCUGCACUUUGGAAGCCCAAAUCGCUGGACUUGGGCUUGUGGAUCUGUCUCCUGCUCCUCAACCUCUUCCAUCAGACCAGGGCAGUAGUUGGACACAGAGAGCCGCUGCCUGAUGAUAGUAAAGACAAUAUCACUAUUUUCACCCGAAUCCUAGACAGGCUGCUGGAUGGAUAUGACAACAGGCUACGUCCGGGGCUGGGAGAGAGCGUGACGGAGGUGAAGACGAACAUCUAUGUGACGAGUUUUGGGCCAGUGUCAGAUACAGACAUGGAGUACACCAUUGAUGUCUUCUUCCGUCAGAGUUGGCGAGAUGAGAGGCUCAAGUUUGAUGGUCCCAUGCAAGUUUUACCCCUCAACAACCUCCUGGCCAGUAAAAUCUGGACUCCUGAUACCUUUUUUCACAACGGAAAGAAAUCUGUGGCUCACAACAUGACAACUCCUAACAAACUGCUACGACUCGUUGACAACGGCACACUCCUCUACACAAUGAGACUGACCAUUCAUGCAGAGUGUCCCAUGCACCUGGAGGACUUCCCGAUGGAUGCGCACGCCUGUCCUCUGAAGUUUGGAAGUUAUGCUUACACCAAUAACGAAGUGAUCUACCUGUGGACCCUGGGAGACGAGAAGUCUGUCGCUGUGGCUGAGGACGGCUCAAGGCUGAACCAGUACGACUUACUGGGACACGUUAUUGGCAAAGAAACCAUCAGUUCUAGCACAGGAGAAUAUGUAGUGAUGACAGCAUAUUUCCAUUUGAAAAGGAAAAUUGGCUAUUUUGUGAUUCAAACCUACCUGCCGUGCAUCAUGACUGUCAUACUGUCUCAGGUCUCCUUCUGGCUAAACAGAGAAUCGGUUCCUGCUCGCACUGUGUUUGGGGUCACCACUGUCCUAACCAUGACCACCCUGAGCAUCAGUGCUAGAAACUCCCUUCCUAAGGUGGCCUAUGCCACUGCCAUGGACUGGUUCAUGGCCGUGUGCUAUGCCUUUGUCUUCUCUGCCUUGAUUGAGUUUGCCACAGUCAACUACUUCACCAAGCGCAGCUGGGCAUGGGAUGGGAAAAAAGAGGGCAUGGAAAUAAGGGCAGCUGGCAGCCAUGUUUUCUGUGAGAGUGAGCGUCCGUGUCUCAAGCAGGAACCGUUUCAGGCUAACGUGGAAAGGAUUAAAGAUAUGAGAAGAGAAUCGGCGACUCUGUCCAAAAAGGCCAACAACACCUUCAACAUUGUUGGAACCACCUACGCCAUGAACGUAGCAAAAGACCAAGGUUUAACAACCAUUUCCAAGAGUGCACCCGGAGCGGCGGCCAAACACCAAUACCUGCAAAGGAUGGCCGACCCCUACACGGAGGCCAAGAAGUCCUACAACCGUGUCAGCAAAGUGGACAAGAUAUCGCGCAUCAUUUUCCCAGUUCUGUUCUUCAUCUUCAACUUAGGCUACUGGGCCACGUACGUCAACAGAAAGCCCGCUAUCAUGAAGGCGAACAACCUAAACUGAAUUUGACCAAAUGCUGGGCCUGAUCUGGUUUGGUUCAGAAGGUAGACAGGUUUGCAGGAGGCCAAGUCCAUUACAUCUUAUUGUGUAUGUGUGUGUGUGUGUGUGUGUGUGUGUAUGAGAGAGAGAAAGAGUGAGAGUGUGUGUGUGUGUGUGUUCGUGGAUGUGUUUUGUGUAUCUGUUUUUUCUUAAGAGUUUGAUAUUUUGCACGUCUCUAUAGAUGGAAGGCGAAUUUGAACAUACAAUAAAUUCACAUGUAGUCAUGGACUACGGAGGGAGCACAUACUCACAUCAGUCCGUGUUUGUGUAGUUUUCUUUUCCCUUCCCCUCCACACUUAGCUCUGGCCCUGCUCCCAUCUCCGUGAGUAACUGUAAGUGCUCCUUCGCCGUUACCUUGAUCGCUUGCCGUUUUUUUUUUUGAAGAGUAGUCAAGUUGUGUUCUCACUCAUGUCUUGAUAUGUUUGCGCUUGUCUUGAAGAUCCACUGCCGCUCAUUACCAACAUUAAAGCUGCAGUGCGUCAGCAGUCGGUUAGAUUCAAAGUGUUGUCAAAUGAGCUGACCUUGUGCCGAUGUAGCCCGUCAGCGCCGCACAAAUCUCUCCGUGUUUCUCAGAGCUGGGUCGUACUUUCCACGUCAGGUGGCUCAUGCAGACACUAUGUCGACAAAUCCGCACACACCUCUAGUUUGAGUCCACGUGGACCAUGUGCUCCAACUGCACAUGCUGCCUAUGGCACAACACUUCCAGUCUAGUUGGUGGGCGUGCUCAACGAAGAAGAGCGUAACCAUUGAGGAAACUUGCUUGACGUUAUAUGAAGAUGUACAACUUCAGGCUCCAGGCUCACGCAGGCCCUCGUUCAGUAUUAGUACAUCACACAUGCAAUGCGAAGUGACUGCAGACACGGAGCGUGCCAUGUAUGACCCUCGACAUAGUGGUGUUUAACUGAUGUGUUGCCCAGCGACAUGCACACAGGAAGUGAGAGACAGAGAGGCAACAGCAACGUCGUACUGGUAGAGUGAGACGACUCCAAAACGGUGCCCCACGAAAAGUUUCAGUGACGUGAAUUCUGCUCAAACAACUCAUUAAGCAGUUUAACGGGGCGAGCGCUUGUGAACCCCGUCCGCCCGAUGCGCUGCCUGAUGAAUACAGACAAACGCUCAGUCAGGUCUGACAGUACGCUGCUUGACCGAGCCCGUUUUCAGAUGAAGGACGCAGCAUACGAAUAAUGUGACAUCAUUUCUGCUCAUGAAGACCAAAAAAAAAAAAAAAGUUACACACUGCAGCUUUAAGGCUUAGGCACGUCCAUGAAGUUAACAACAUGCACACACACGCGCACACACACACAUAAACAGAGAUGCAACAGAGAAACGCCAGUGGAGCCAUUUGUCGGUUGUUUUACUGUACUGUGUUAGCCUGGGGCAGUUUGUGUAGUUCCAUAGGAACAUCAUUAAUAUUCCUCCAUGUCUGGGCUUCAGCUCACGCUGAAUACCAACAGACUCAAUGCAGUAUCAUCUGGAAUUGCUUUCACGUCCCAUCGGGCUGCCUGUACAUUUUCUAGUCCAGUGGCUUUCAUUGUUUUUAACUGGCCGACUGUGUUCAAUGACAGAGAAGCUACGUGCCUUGGUGAACACCAGCGCACGUUUUAGAAGACAGAUCUACGUGGUCUAUUAAAUGUAAACAUAGACUGGUGUCACUGCAGUUACUGUAACAUGGCUGUUGCCCCGCCCACCCAUGGCCCAGGGGCCUUGGGCACAGAGUGUAAAAUUGCCCAUUAGUGUGGAAAGUGAACAGACCUCUGCCUGUGAAAAGAUGAAGCGAAGAGAUUAAAGGAUCCCGCACAUAGUCCACAACAAUUAUCAUGUGCAUUUAGGUUUAGGUCUCAAUGAGCCAAGAAGACAUAACAAAAUACCACCAUUACCUCAGGAAUUCUCAAAUCCAGUU